UUUCGUUUCAUGUCUAUGUUGAGCGCUCGCGCUGUAGUAGAGGUGCCCCGGAAGUAGUCUCCAACCCGGAAGUGACCCCCGGCCUGACGGACAGCAGAAAGCAAUGGCGGGGGACACCUCAACGGAGCUUCUUUUUCUAGAUACGUUUAAGCAUCAGAGUGCAGAGUUAACCAACGUCGAUGUGGUGCGGUUUCCUUGCGGUGUGCUGAUCACAGAGGUGCGGGUCAUUCCUCCAGGGAUCAAAGCACACAGCAACUUACCUGACAACAGAGCCUUUGGGGAGACAUCUCCUCAUGCCUUCCAGUUGGAGCUGUUCUUCAACAAUGUCACCAAACCCAACAGUCCCACGUUCCACCGACUGGGCAGUCUGGAGUAUGACGAGAACAAGUCCAUCGUGUUCAGACCCAGUGGAAAGGUGAACACAGAUGGCCUGGUGCUGCGGGGCUGGUACACCAGUCUGACAGUAGCGGUGUACGGGACGGCAGAGCGCUCACAUGGACACGACCAGGGCUCACCUCCUCCUCCUCCUCCCCCGCCCCCACAACAGCAAAGCGGGCCCAAGAGGAUCAUUAAACAAGAGUGGGAAAAAGACGACCAGUACAAUGGCAGCCCGCCCAGACCAGCACCCAGAGGGCCUCGCACCCCACCUGGGCCACCACCACCUGAUGAUGAUGACGAAGAGCAGGUCCAAGUGACAGUGGGCGUAGCCAAAGAUGAGCCAAGUCAGGGUCGAGACGACUAUCUGGAGGCCGUCUCCCCUGAGCGCUCGCUGCCGGCUGAUGAAGCGUACUCUGAAGCUGAACAAGAGGAAGAAGGUGAUGAGGAGGAAGAGGAGGAGCCAGAGGAGGAGGAAGAUGCACGGACAGAAGGGAGCAUGGUGGAAGACGAGGAUGAAGAUGAAGAGGAAGAUGAGGGUGACGACGGCUACGAGCAGAUCUCAAGUGAUGAGGACGAUCUUGAUAAUGGUAGCUUCAAGCUGCCCAGCUUUGACAUGGACUACACUCCUGAGGACCUGGCAUCUGUUCCACCUGUCCAGUACGACCCAUAUGAGCGAGAACUUAGACCCCUGCUCUACUUCACGCCCCCAUACAAGACCCGCUUUGACACCCAGCAACAGAAGACCCCUGUGGAGGAACCCAGAGACGCUGGGGGAACAGAAGAACCAGCAGCUGGAGAGGAGGUUGAGGCUGUUACGCAGCUCAAAGAACUGCUUGCUGGUGUUGGAGAAGAGAGAGACGUUCGCUGGGUUACUGCCGUGGAAGAGGCCCCAGGAGUGCUUGCCAAAGGGCUCACUCGUGUAAUUAAACAAGGAGAGCAGGAGAUCGAGGGUCCUGUUGGAGUUUUAGCCCAAUGGGCACUCCAAGCAUUGAGUAUGGAGGUUGCUCUCACACAACCUAUUGCACUUAAUCUCAGACAGUUAAAAGCUGGAGCCAAGCUGGCAUCAUGCCUAGCAGAAUGCCCACAGGGCCUCAAAGCGCUACUGCAUGAAGGGGCCCUGGAUGUGCUGCUGAAGCUGCUUCACACGGACCACGUGUCCUCAACGUUGAAGCUCAGUUUCCUGAAGGCUCUUGGUGCUCUGACCAGCACUCCAGCUGGCAUGGAGGCUUUUCUGCAUGUAGGGGAGUCGGAGAAGAGUGGCUAUCAGCGUUUAGUCCAGCUCUUCCUGAGAGAAGAAACAGUCAGGGUCAUAACAGCAGGCAACACCAUACUGCAGAAAAGCCACAUGUACGAGGUUCUGGGGGAUCUGCAGAGAUCAGCAGCCGCAUGGAGUGAACCACAGCAGGAGGAGAUGGAGGAAGCUGAGAUCCCCAUGGAGGAGGACUCUUCUCUAAGCCCCUCCCCUGUGAGCGAGGCAGAGCUAGACAGGCUGGCAGGAGUUUUAGAAGAACUGCAUCACCUGCUAGAGACAGCCCCUUACUGCAUGGUGCAGCCACCUGGGAAAUCCUUCCCCACCCUUGCUAGAAUAACAGGACCACAGGAGAGGGAUGACCCAUACCCAGCACUGUAUAAGUACAUGCACGCAUGCCGUUUCCUGGAGAGUACAUCAGUGGUUCUGUCAGCAGCAGCAGCAGCGGGUCAUCUCGGUGUCACCCAAGCUGUGAGAGACAUCCUCCGCUUCCUGUCGCUGACCCAGUCAGGUCUGCUCUUCCUCCUCGCCCAGCCCACUCCUUCGAAUUUGCUCCUGCGCCUCCUGGCCUCAAUGGCGGAAGCAGAGAUUGAAGAGACCUCCUUCACAGGGGGAGACGGGAGUCACACAGGACCAGGGUUUGGCGAGGAGGGCUUUGGCGUGUGGUUGAUGCAAGCGCUGCACGCUCUGCAGGGAGUGUCUGAGCUGAUGAGUCACGUGGCCGCAGGAGGAGACGGAGGAGCCGGGUUAGAGGAAGGCGACAACUCCGACGUUCUGGGCAUGCUCCAUGCGCUCUACCUGAUGACGUUCACACAGACUGGUCGCAGUGCAGUGGCACAUGUUCUCAGCCUGGAGAACAACCUGUCCUGUUUGGUCACUCUGCUGCAGCACCACAGCAGCAAGGAUGGACAGGGCGAGUCCAAAGCACGUAAAACUGUGACGUAUAACUACGCCUGUAUGCUGGUGUUGGUUGUGGUGCAGAGCUCUAAUGAACUGCGUAUGAUGGAACAAUAUGCUGCCCCGCUACUCACCAUAGCCAAGGCUGAUGAGACCAAUGCCAAGUUACAGGAGUUAAGCAAAUGGCUGGAGCCUCUGGACAAACUCCGCUUUGAGAUUGGCAGCAUUCCCACCCUCAUAGACUACAUCAAACAGAAUGUGGAAAAUGUGUUGACAGCUGAAGGAACGGGACUGGUCACUGCUCUCAGGGUCCUCAAUCAUAUCGCCAGUCCUCCGCCUGCUGUGGAGGGUCAGCAGAGGGAUCUGAAGUGGAGUCUUGCAGGAGUCCAGCUCUUCUCCGGUGAGGGUCUGGACAUGUGUGUGCGUGUCCUGCAGAAGCUGUGCAGUGUGCUCCUGCAGCCGUGGCGGGUGCACGGACACAUGGGCCCCACACCGCAGCGCUGCAUGAUCCUCAGUAUUUGCAUCAGCACACUACGAUUGCUGCGCACCAUGCUCAUGGAGCUGCUGCGCGGAGGAGCUUUCCAAUUCAGGGACACUCGUGUUGCCAACGUGCUGGUGACGCUUCACAUGAUUGUGUGCUCCAUCCCCGCGUCCGGGCGUCUGGACGGAGAGGAGACCAGAGUACAGGCGCUCAUCGUUGAUGUGCUGCUCACGUUCACACAGGGUGUCAAUGAGGAGGUGACUCAUACAGAAGAGACUCUGGCCAGUAACACGUGGUCUCUGAUGCUGAAGGAAGUUUUAAGCUCACUGCUAAAAGCUCCUGAAGGUCUCUUCUCUGGUCUGAUGUUGCUGUCUGAGCUCCUUCCUCUUCCACUACCAAUGCAGAGCACUCAGGUGAUUUCUGUCCAAGACGUGGCAGUAGCCUUAAACACAAGGAAGCUGUGGAGCAUGCACAUAAGGGCGCAGUGGAAAGUGUUCGCUGAGGCAUUCAGGUGUGUGUGCACCACCAGCUGCCCUCCUCUCCUGGCCAUGCUGAGGAGGAUGUGUGUGCAGCUGGCAGAUCUGUCUUCAACAACUGCAACACUCAUCAUGAAGACUCUGCUGGAGAUGCUGCUGGAAGAGCUACAACCGGGGGAAGGAAAAUCAGUGUGCUGGGGCCAGGUCCUGCGUCUGCUGUCUUUGUUGGACACUUUGGUGUCGCAGAGAGCUUGUAAGAGUGCAUCACUGCAGCUGCUGGCCGGCUCAAUCUCCGGGGACGAACAACUAGCUGACCUUUUCCCCUUGCUGCUGUCCUUAUUGGUUCCUCCAGCGGAUCACUCGUUACAGCAGCAGCAAUGCAGUGAACUAGUGGGGACAAUACUACAGUCACUGUGUGACCAGGACAUUUCUCUGGUUGCCUCUCCAAAUGGUGAAAGCUGUGCGACAGAGGCAGAGCAGCUGGCGAAUGCACUCCCCGGACGAGAAAUGAUGUCAUCAGUGUGCAACUCCUUGUUGGAGGUUUCGGGGAAUUCAGAAAGUAGCGUCCCACUCCUACUCACCUGUAUCAGGACUCUGACAUUCCUCACUGAGCAUGACUAUGGACUCUACCACCUUAAAGCUGCUCUGAAGAAACAUGGUGCAGGUCUGUGCUCAUUGUUGAAGAGAUUAGUGUUGGCCUUCAACAAAGACGCAGCAGACCCACUCUCUGCACUUCUGGACUUCCUCCGACAGAUUGUCAACACAGAGACAAUGUGUGUUGACGAGGCCCCGGGGUCUGGUGAGGAGCCUGCUUUCAUGACUCCACGGCUGCUGUCGGGCACUGAGAUGAAAGCUCUGCUACAGUGGGAGGAGUCAGAGUCCCAUCCGCUCCCAACUUUAGAAAAGCAGAUUACGAAACUCUGUAAAGAAGAUGAGUCACUGGAGACGCUGUUGGAGAAUGUGAUUGUUCUGAGGCAGACGCUGGAGACGGCCACAGACACACCUACUGUGGUCGACAAUGAACCCACUCUGCCAGCGCCUGAGACGCUGGGGGCCCAGUUUAACCACAGGACUGUGUUCAUUUUAUCAGAAGCUCUUGAUGAGCAGCUGAAAACUCUUUGGUUCUCUCCAUUCCAAACUGAUGACAUCGAGGCAGACCUAGAUACGGUGAAGGUGGAUCUGGUGGGCCUGGCUCAAGAGUGCUGCCCAGAACUGGACCUGAAGGCAGAGCUGGAGCGCUCCUUCCUGUCCGAGCCCUCGUCUCCUGGUCACUCGAAAGCUCAAAAAGGCUUCCGAUUGGGCAAACACAAGCAUGAGACAUUUAUCACAUCAAGCGGUAAAUCUGACUACAUUGAGCCCGCCAAAAGAGCCCAUAUCAUGGCAGCUCCUCGUGGACGUGGAGGGCGAGGAAACUUCGGACAGAAUGUCGGCUGCCGGCCACAUGAUAUCUUCCGUCAGCGUAAACAGAACACCUCCCGUCCUCCCAGCAUGCACGUGGAUGACUUUGUGGCAGCUGAGUUUAAAGACAUUACAACCCCUCUUGGACUUCUUCCCCCUAAACGCCCCCCCAAGAGCUCCCCAAAACCCCCCACCAGAGGACUGUUCACUGGAAACAGAGGGAGGGGCACAUUUCACAGCCAGACUCGCUUUUUCACUCCACCACAACCCAAAGGUGUACUGCUGUCUGGUAACUACACUCGUAGAGAAGGAGGCCGAGGUUCAUCGUGGAGUGGACAAGUUCCAGCGGUGACCCAUAGAGGAAACUACAGUGAACCCCGAGGAGGCCAGAGCAACUUCACACGUGGACCACUCCCCUCCAGACAACCUCCAGCAAGCGCGUAUCGGCUGGCUCCACGUGACCGAGCCCCGCGGGGGAGAGGAGGCGCUGGGCUGUCGUGGCUUAACGCGGGAGGAGGUGGCGGAGGCGCAGGAGGAGGAGGAGGUGGUGGAGGAGGCGGAGGAGGGGGAGGCCGGGGAUCUCAGGGGAGCAAGUUCAGUGGCGGGGGAGGGAGUGGUGGAGGGAGGGGCAGACAUGUUCGCUCCUUCACCAGGUAAACUCACCUGGGCAAUGACUGCAGCCUUUUACGGCGACACACGGACCAAUCAAGAUAUGAUACAUACUGUCUCCACGGAAACACGGAGGGAAGAUGUUGUCACAAUGAUGUAUAGACUCUGUGUUGAUGUUUUAUGUUUUUGUUUUCAUGAGUUCUAUUCAGAGAAUAAAGGUCAGAGAAACCGA